AUGAGCGUUGAACUCGCGCGAAGCUGCACAAAAAGUCCAGGUUCUGAUUCCAUGCUUAGUGUCAUUUCCGUUGGUAGCGGGUCUCCUUAUCCUCGAACUUAUAUCCGCCUGCAGACCUCAACCGGCGACGAAGACAGCUUGAUGAUUCCAUCGCGAUUCCACCAAGGCCCCAUCGACAAGGAGCUUAAAGGCGCUUGCGAAAGUCUUCCAGCAGUCGAUGAACGUGAGUCAAAGGUAUCUGACAUGUUCAACGGUAUCGUUCAGGAGAUCGACGCUCUGCUGGACGUCCCCCAACUUGUCUCUUUUCGCAAGCGACAUCCUGACACGUUCGACUCGAAAGAGAACGUCUACGCCGACAGGUCCGCAAAGCCCGAGCCUCUUUGUGUGACCAAGAAAGGAAAGCUGUGCUCCUCAGCAAAGCCAGCACCCUUGAGAAUCCGAAAGGAUACAGCGGCAGACCCAUCUCCCAUCGCCACCUCCACCAUACCCGUGCCGUUGCAGACAAAGAAGAUCAAGCGUAAGCCCGUGGUCUCUAGAGUCAGCAGAAUCCCCUUGCGAAGCAAAUCGGCGAAAGCUGGAGCUUCGUCUCUCAAGGGCAACAUUCUCCAGCCCAUUUCAGGAAAUGGCAAAGGCCGCCAAGAUCUGAUUGCAAUCCCUGACAAGGAGAACUGGCAGUCCCGGCCAACCGCAAGCACAGAGCUCGCCAGAAGCCAGGUCAAUGCGCGAUGGGCUGAUUGGUCUCUUGAGGCACAGAACGACACCUCUUUAUUCGGAGAAUUCUCUUUGCUCCAAUCUCCCAGGGAAAGAAUGGCCUCGAAGAAAGACAGUCUGUUCUCGAGCCCUGAUCCCGUCAUCUACGUCGACCCAGAGGAGCGAACUACGUGUUUGGACCUCGAAAACACAAUCACUGGCCCUAUCACCCCCCUCUCAGUCAUCCCGGAGGAAGACGAACCUGAUGAGGAUGGCUCAAUUGACUUCUUGCUCGAUCCAAUUCAAAACGCGCCUAUCCGGCCGAAUCGCAAUCUCCUGCUCGAUUGCAGUAUACCGUUGACCUGGGACAAAGAGGCGGCCUCGGCCACUUGCAUCCACGGAAUCUCGCCCGAUGACGAUAGAAGCGCCUUCAUUGCCACUGCAUUCCAUGAUUCCCCUUGUCCCCGACGAUCUAUCAACAUCGAUGCUCUAAUCCAUCAAAUUGCACAGCCACUCGAUGAAGCUACUUAUAAUGACGAUGGAUUCCUCAUUGAGCCCACGGUUGAUGAGCUUGAUGUAGGAGCCACUGACCUAGAUGAACAGCUCAGCCGUCGCCAGGCCUAUCCCAGCCAGAUUCUACUCUGGCCCCUCCGUCAUUCUCAGCAAACUGGCGAAUCUGCGGAAACCGAGGACGAAGAUACAAGCUCAUUCGCCGUUCCCUGCAACCGUGACGAAUGGUGCCAUCCUGAUGAUAGACUACCUGAGGUGUACCAUUGCGGAGAGUUCCUGUCGUUGAGAGAGAGGUUUGCAGCUAGAUCACAGGAUGCCGACGAGAUCUGA